ACCUAACAAAAUUGGCGGCUAUAAAUACCUCACCUCUGUGCUUUAUACGCGCAAGAAUCAAAAGUUUUCUCCUCAAAAUCCCAAUCAAAAUCCCAUUCUCUAACCCUUCUCUUUAGUGCUCACAAUGUCAACGGCCACAGUCAAGGCGAAGAAAAUAACCCUUCGAACCGCCGAUAAUCACGAAUUCGAAGUGGAUGAAGCCAUAGCUAUGGAGUUGGGUGCAAUCAAGACGUUCUUCGAAGAUAACCCUGACGCGUCCGAAGAACCCAUGCCGCUGCCAAACGUCACAUCCAAAUGCCUCUCAACCAUCAUCGAAUACUGCAAAUCUCAUUUGGCGUUCCGUGCGCGCGGCGGCUCCUCAUCGGUAGAGGACGAAGCCAAGGCCUACGAUGAAGAGUUUAUCAAGGCCCAAGACAAUGAGUCGCUGAAGGAGAUGAUUUUGGCCGCUAACUAUCUGAAUAUAAAGGAUAUGCUUGAUAUGCUGAAUCAAGCCGUGGCUGACAGGAUUAAAAAUAAGAGUGUGGAGUAUGUAAGGAAGUUUUUUGGAAUCGAGAACGAUUAUACGCCGGAGGAAGAGGCUGCGGUUAGGGCGCAGAAUGAAUGGGCGUUCCAAGGUGUCGAUCCUGACCACGAUUGAAUGAUUUUGAUGAUCGGGUUAGGGUUUUACAAGGUUUAUGUUAGGAGUAAAUUUUUUUUUUCAAUUUUUAUAAGAUUUCCGGUUGUUUAGGAUCUAAAACAUAACUAAGAUGGAUUAGAUGACUUGAAUAAGGGCUAUCAUGUUGAUAUGUUAAUGCCAUGUCUCUAAACGAUCUUUUUCUUGUUACAAAUUGUAGAAUUGGAUGAGGCACAGCAGCCUCCAAUCUCACCUCUUCUACAUAUUUCUGUGUUUGUCUGUGUAUAUAUUCUCUUCAUGAAUGAAAUUAUCGUCUCAUUAACGCGUAAA